UCUGGUGAGCUAAAGUCGGUGGAAUAUCCACCAGGCGGAGUUGAUAGUUAGAGGUGUAGUCAUCAUCAGUUGUCGUAGAGACAGCGAAGAGUAAGGAUUAAGAAAGACAAGGGAAGGAAAAAUACAAGUACAAAUAAAUAGCAGGAGAAGUGUUAUUGUCGUGGAUCGGUUGAUUGGCGAUAUAUUAUUAUUUUAUUUUAUUUUUUUUUUAUUUUUAAUUUAAAUUUUUGUUUCUUUUAUUUAUUUAUUUAUUUAUUUAUCGAUACGUAAAGUUUUUUUUGUUUUUUUUUUUUUUACCGUCGUCGAGUACGUUCGAGGGCGUCGAUAACGGUCCUUUUGUAAAAUUAAAAAGCAAAAAACCACACCAAAAUGACGAUCAAAGACCCAAAACACGGCGUCCCCGAAUCGGUUAAUCCGUACGAAAGACCGCCCAGUGUUUCGACCGGUCAGUCGAUAAAAACAUUUUUAUACAACGGAUCAACCGGUGCUAUUAUGGGGAGAACACCGAGCAGUUGGGGAAAAAUUGGAAUCUUCUACUUCAUAUUCUACGGAGUGUUGGCAGCUUUGGUUGCGAUUUGUUUUUGGGUGUUCUUCCAAACUCUGGACCCGAGGAUACCAACGUGGCAAUUGGAUAGAUCUAUAAUAGGCACAAAUCCUGGCCUGGGCUUCAGACCGAUGCCACCCGAGGAUAAUGUUGAGAGUACAUUGAUCUGGUACAAAGGAACGGAUCGCAGCAAUUAUCGUCACUGGGCUGAAUCAUUGGAAAAAUUUUUAGAAGUCUACAGAAAGCCUGGUCUGACGCCUGGAAGAGGAUCCAACAUUCACAACUGCGACUACGAUCAACCUCCGGCACCGGGUCAAGUUUGCGACGUUGAUGUAAAAAAUUGGCUACCGUGUAACAAGGAAAAUAAUUUCAACUACCACAAGUCUGCGCCAUGCGUAUUUCUGAAACUCAACAAGAUCUAUGGAUGGAGACCGUCGUUUUAUAACGACACCGAUUCCCUGCCAGAAGCUAUGCCUCGAGAGCUGAAACAGCACAUUAUGGAACUUAAGGCUAAGGAUGCGAAACAAUUGAACACAAUUUGGGUAUCGUGCGAGGGCGAAAAUCCAGCCGAUAUGGAAAAUAUCGGUCCUGUAAAUAUCCUGCCUCGAAGAGGAUUUCCCGGAUACUUUUAUCCCUUCGAGAACUCCGAAGGUUAUCUCAGCCCUCUCGUUGCCAUCCAUUUUGAAAGACCCCGAACUGGAAUUUUGAUAAAUGUCGAGUGCAAGGCUUGGGCUCGUAAUAUAAAACAUGAUCGUGCAUCGGGCAUGGGAGCUGUCCAUUUUGAAUUGAUGAUCGAUUAAAUUAUAGGGAUGAUCGAAAAAA